ACCGGCCUCACCGGCCCGCUCCCCAUCUCUGCCUCCCUUCUAAACCCCCCUUCCCCCGAAAAACCCUGACCCAUAUCCGGUUUCUUCGUACGGGAAACCCGCCGGCCAUGGUUGGUUGCUACUCUUGCGUCGCUUGUAGCAGCUUACGCCUAUCUAUCUUUCCCACCGCCACCAUCGCCGCUGCCUCCUCCUCCUCCUCCUCCGCGGUUGCCAUCAAAUUUUCACCAAAAUCCGCAUUCCCAUUUCUCAGAAACACCAUUGGAUUAUCAUCUUGUCGUCGUCGAGUAAUUUACGCCGCUGCCUCCACCGGUAGAAGUAGUAAGACUACUACUCCUGACUACUACAAAGUUCUUAAAGUUCGUAAAAAUGCUACCUUGCAGGAGAUCAAGAGCUCCUAUCGAGCACUAGCUCGCAAGUAUCAUCCAGAUAUGAACAAGGCUGAUGGAGCAGAAGAGAAGUUCAAAGAAAUAAGUGCUGCAUAUGAGGUCUUAUCAGAUGAAGAGAAAAGAUCAUUAUAUGAUCGAUUUGGGGAGGCAGGUUUACAAGGGAAUUAUGAUGGAUCAGGUGCUGGUUUCCAGGAGGUGGAUCCAUUUGAAGUGUUUGGCACCUUCUUUGGGGAUUCAAAUGGGUUUUUUGGCGGGAAUGGCAUGAAUGAAUCAGGAGACAAUAACUUCAAUUUCAGAAACAAGGGCACCAACUCCCUCAACAUUCGGCAUGAUAUCUUUUUGAGCUUUGAAGAGUCCAUCUUUGGAGCAAAACGUGACAUUGAAGUUUCUUGCUUUGAGACAUGUGAUAAUUGUGGUGGAACAGGAGCUAAAUCAAGAAACUGUAUAAAAUCAUGUAACCAAUGUGGAGGAAGAGGAGCAGUAAUGCAAACUCAGGAAACACCAUUUGGGGUUAUGUCUCAGGUGUCUAGUUGCUCAAAAUGUGGUGGUGAUGGGAAGAUCAUAACUGAAAACUGUCAGUAUUGUGGAGGUGAAGGUAAUGUACAGAAGACUAGAACUGUGAAAGUGGUGAUUCCACCUGGUGUCACUGAUGAAGACACCAUGGGAAUACAAGGAGAGGGCAAUAUUGACAAAACAAGGAAUAGAGUUGGUGAUUUGUAUUUAGUCUUUCAUGUUAAGCAAAAACAUGGAAUUAAACGUGAAGGUCUUAAUCUUUACUCAGAGAUUAAUAUCGAUUAUACACAGGCAAUAUUAGGUACUGUGAUUAAGGUUGAAACUGUUGAUGGUGUAAAAGAUCUUCAUGUUCCUUCUGGAAUUCAACCAAGGGAAACCAUAAAACUGUCAAAGAUGGGAGUUCCAGAUAUUAAUAAGCCUUCUGUUAGAGGGAGUCAUCACUUCAUUGUGAAUGUCCACAUCCCUAAAUAUAUCAGCAACGAGGAACGCCUAUUGGUUGAAAAGCUGGCAGCAGUUCGGCAUCACACAGUUAACGGAAAUGAUACCUUUGGGAAAUAUAAACAAGAUUUCACUUCAAGCAAAAAGCUUGGCACAUCUAUAUGGAACUCAAUUCGAGACGUAGUCAGGGGACGAAAAUCUGGGGAUCGAUUUGCUUCCACAAGUAGCGUGUGCACUUCAGUAAACUACUGGAAACACAAUUCACCGAUUUCUCCAAUUAUAUUUUUUACUGCUGUUAUUCUUAUGUUUACAUGUAUAUUUAACUCAUCAUACAUGAAAGUGAAACAAAGACGAGGCUAAGUGGAGACAUGAAAGAUGUCAUAUGUAUGUCAACAAUCUUGUAAUAAGUUAUAAGAAAAAUAUUAUGUAAUUGUUGAAGCAA